AUGGACCCCCUGAGCAUCACGGCCUCGGUCGCCGGCAUCCUGACCGCGUCGGUCAAGAUCCUCGGCGUGCUGACGCUGCUGCACGACGCGCCGGCCUUCGUCACGGCCAUCGGCGUCGAGGUCAACCACAUCCGCAUCGUCGUCGCCGCCCUCCGCAAGUUCCUCGACCGCACGCGCCGGCUGCCGCCCGGCCGCGCCGCGCUGAUCCAGGUCGACGACGUCGUCGCCAUCCUCACGCAGACCGUGCUGACCUUCUCCGAGCUCGAGGGCUUCGUCCGCUCCGCCGCCUCGCGGAGCACGCUCCUGCGCCUGCGCAGCCGCAUCUCCUGGCCGUGGCAGCAGGCCGGCGCCGACCGCCUGCUCAACCGGCUGCAGCAGCACAAGAUGACCCUGUCGCUGGUGCUGCAGAUUAUUCAGUGCAACUCUGAUCUGGACGCCGAGGAGUUUGCGACGUCCCUGCAGGACCAGGUCGAGAAUCAAGUGCAGGGAAGUCCCGAUCUGUUGAAACGCUUGGAGCAGCUGGAGCCUCUGCCGGAUGACAUCGAUGCCAAGACACUGUCCGGCGACCUCAAGCCUACGGAAGAACAGGUGGAGGACGUCGAUACCGAAGAGGAGGGCUGCCCAGGCCACGCUUCGUUCCCCCAGCCAAACUUCGAGAUUAUCCCUCCGUCCACUAACAUAGACAUUGGAGCGCCAGCCUUGUACGACAUCAGUCAAACAGUAGAUCUAAUGGACAAGUCGCCAAGCCUGACAAGUCAGAAACCAUCAAUCGAGAUGCCGCCUUCAAGACCCAUCACCACCCCCGGAAUGCUGCCAAGACGCUUCGAAGUGAUACUAUCCACGACUAGAGUGUACAACCGGGUCAGACAUAGAGGGAUCGACGACGCAACAUCAAUCAUCUCGUUCCGCUCGCGGGGCUGGUCCGUCCUCACGGGCGUCAGUCUCGCCAGGGUCUCGGCCAUCUCGGUGAUCAAUCUUCCUCUAAGUGAUGCCGAGGUGAGGCGCUUCCUCGACCUCGCCAACUCGAAGCCAAAGAAGAAAAACCGCCCUCCCCCCUCAGACAUCCGUCUUGACCCGAGAAGAAUCCCACGUAAGCUUGACCCUCCGGCCCUUCACAGCACGCCCAAGAUCGUUCAAGACGAGGCUGCAUCGAGCAGGGCAGACUCUGGCCAGCUCAGAGUGAUCAGGGAGCUGGACGGUCUCAUAAGCAACCCACCCAAGUCGGUGUUUGCGCAGGAAGUAACAGAUGACUUACAGAUGGAGUGGCAAGCGGGCAUCACCGGGCCGCCCGACAGCCCCUACCACGGCGGCAUCUGGCUGCUGAGGAUCCGCUUCGAGCAUGCGUACCCGCGCGUGGCCCCGGAGAUCUCGUUCACGACGCGCAUCUACCACCCAAACGUCGACCAGAACGGCCAGAUCUCGCUCGACAUGCUGAACCAGCCGUGGAGCUCGAGCAUCAACAUGCGACAAGGUGCUUCUUCAUCCCUUCCUUCCCCGUGCCCUCCUCCCCUGCAUCACGCUCUCGGCUCGACUGACAACGCACUAUCAGUGCUCCUCCGCAUCUGGCUGCUCCUGUACGAUCCCCAGCUGGACAUCGCCUUGGUCCCGGAGAUCGCGGAGACGUAUACCAAUGACCGCGAGCGCUUCGACAGGACUGCCCGGGAGUGGACGAAGGGUUUCUCCACCUUCGGUGUCGCGGGAGUCCUGGGCUGUGGGUCACACAACCAUGAUGACCGGGAGUGGUCGGCCGAAGAGCUCGAGGAGCUCGAGGCGAAAUGGGGUACUGAUUGGAGUUUCUCAGGCAUCUCGACGUUUGCGCACCUGCCGCACGUCAAGUGCCUCACGAACCCGUCUCAGGAGUUCGACAUCGGCAUCAUAGGUGCCCCCUUCGACACGGCCGUCAGCUACCGACCAGGCGCACGGUUCGGCCCCCGCGCCAUCCGCGCAGCCUCGGCCCGCCAGAUCUCGUUCCGCGCCUACAACCCGCGCGCCAACAUCAACCCCUACCAGAGCUGGGCCAAGGUCAUCGACUGCGGCGACAUCCCCGUCACGCCCUUCGACAACGCCGUCGCGGUGCGGCAGAUGGAGGCCGCCUUCUCCGAGCUCGGCAGCCGCCGCACCGCCUCCUCGCUCCUCCGCCGGCCGAAGCUCCUCACCCUCGGCGGCGACCACUCCCUCGCCCUGCCCGCCCUGCGCGCGCUGCACGCGCACUACGGCCCCAUCCGCGUCCUGCACUUCGACGCCCACCUCGACACCUGGAGCCCGGACAAGUACCCCUCCGCCUGGGCCAGCGAGCAGUCGCGCUUCACCCACGGGUCCAUGUUCUGGCUCGCCGGGCGGGAAGGCCUGCUGUCCAACACCUCGUCGAGCCUGCACGCGGGGCUGCGCACGCGCCUGUCCGGCACCGACGCGGCCGACUGGGACGAGGACUCGGCGCAGGGGUGGGUGCGCAUCGCGGCCGACGACAUCGACGACGUCGGCGGCGCGCGGGGCGUCGCGCGCGCCAUCAUGGACAACUUUGGCGCCGCGGACCCGGUCUACCUGAGCGUCGACAUCGACGUCCUGGACCCGGCCUUCGCGCCCGGCACGGGCACGCCCGAGCCCGGCGGCUGGACGACGCGCGAGCUCAUCCGGAUCCUGCGCGGGAUCGAGGACCUCAACAUCGUCGGGGCCGACGUGGUCGAGGUGAGCCCCGCCUACCAGAACGCCGGCGAGGAGACCUCGCUCGCGGCGGCGCAGGUCAUCUACGAGAUUCUGAGCUCUGUUGUCAAGAGGGGCCUCAAGGACAUGGCGUCGUCGGAGGCGGCGCGGCAGGUCGGGCAGGAGAAGGAUGAGCUUUGA